CAAAUAGAGAAAAUCUCAGAUGUGGUGGGACGAAGUUGCCACGUGUCAAUAAGUUGACCAAUGAGGAAACUCAUUGCGUUAUCCGUAUAGAUAAUCAGAUAAGCAGAAUCUGAUUUUGUCACCAGAGGGCUUUUAUAGAUUACACAUCAUUCCUUCGUUCUUCUUCUAACACACUCUGAGUCUUGAAGGUCAACAACGUCGAGAAAAAUGGCAUCAUCUCUUUGUGCUUCUUCUGCCAUCGCUGCCAUUUCUUCUCCAAGUUUCUUGGGUGGUAAGAAACUGAGGCUGAAGAAGAAGUUGACUGUUCCAGCUGUGUCCAGGCCAGAUGCGUCGGUGCGCGCCGUCGCAGCUGAUCCAGAUAGACCGAUCUGGUUCCCGGGAAGCACUCCUCCAGAGUGGCUCGACGGUAGCCUCCCCGGUGACUUCGGAUUUGAUCCCCUUGGUCUUUCAUCGGACCCCGACAGUCUAAAAUGGAACGUACAAGCAGAGCUAGUCCACUGCCGGUGGGCGAUGCUAGGAGCCGCCGGGAUAUUCAUCCCGGAGUUCCUAACGAAGAUUGGAAUCCUCAACACUCCAUCGUGGUACACGGCGGGAGAGCAAGAGUAUUUCACGGACAAAACCACACUCUUCGUCGUUGAGCUCAUCUUGAUCGGAUGGGCCGAAGGACGUAGAUGGGCCGAUAUCAUCAAGCCCGGUAGCGUCAACACUGACCCAGUCUUCCCAAACAACAAACUGACGGGCACAGACGUUGGUUACCCGGGUGGGUUAUGGUUCGAUCCGUUGGGUUGGGGAUCCGGUAGCCCGGCUAAGCUCAAGGAGUUGAGGACCAAGGAGAUCAAGAACGGAAGGUUGGCUAUGUUGGCAGUGAUGGGUGCUUGGUUCCAACACAUCUACACUGGCACUGGUCCUAUUGAUAACCUUUUUGCACAUCUUGCUGAUCCUGGUCACGCCACAAUCUUCGCUGCUUUCACACCCAAGUGAGACAAGAAAAAAGGGUUAUGGGGAGGAGGAGAAUGCGUUUGUGUGAUCAUGUUUGUACAAAUAUCGUUUUGAACUUAAAAAUAUUUAUGUAUUUAUAUAAAUUGUGGUCGAAUGCAAAUUAGGAUUCACCUUAACACUCUCUUUUCCUAACUCAAUGAUCAUAAGAUUGCUUUUUA